GUGGUCUAGAAGAAAAACUGGAAAUGUCCCAUCCCUACCGCAGUUUGGUCAGAUACCUGUUCCUAGCCCUCCUUUUACAUGGGCUGGGAGAAGGUUCUGCCCUUCUUCACCCAGAUAGCAGAUCCCAUCCUCGAUCUUUAGAGAAGAGCGCUUGGAGAGCUUUCAAGGAAUCUCAAUGUCAUCACAUGCUCAAACACCUCCAUAAUGGAGCACGGAUCACUGUGCAGAUGCCACCCACAAUUGAAGGCCAUUGGGUCUCCACAGGAUGUGAAGUGAGAUCUGGUCCAGAAUUCAUUACCAGAUCUUAUCGAUUCUACCACAAUAAUACCUUCAAGGCCUACCAGUUUUAUUAUGGUGGUAACCGCUGUACCAACCCUACCUACACUCUAGUCAUCAGAGGUAAGAUACGGCUUCGCCAAGCAUCCUGGAUCAUCCGAGGAGGGACCGAGGCAGACUACCAGCUACAUAACGUCCAGAUCAUCUGUCAUAGUGAAGCAGUUGCUGAAAGACUUAGUCAGCUGGUAAAUCACACAUGCCCUGGUUUCAUCACCUCAGAUAACCCCUGGGUGCAGGAUGCCACCUAUGACUUAUGGCGAGAGGAAAAUGGCCGUGAAUGUACCAGAGCAGUGAACUUUGCUAUGCAUGAACUUCAACUGAUCCGGGUAGAAAAACAGUACCUCCACCACAACCUGGAUCACCUUGUAGAAGAACUGUUCCUUGGUGACAUUCACACUGACUCCAGCCAAAGGAUGUUCUACCGGCCAUCCAGUUACCAGCCACCCCUGCAAAAUGCCAAGAAUCAUGACCAUGCCUGCAUUGCAUGCCGGAUCAUCUACCGUUCAGAUGAGCACCAUCCUCCAAUAUUGCCCCCCAAAGCUGACCUGACCAUUGGCCUACAUGGGGAGUGGGUGAGCCAGAGGUGUGAAGUACGCCCUGAAGUUCUCUUCCUCACUCGCCACUUCAUAUUUCAUGACAAUAAUAAUACUUGGGAAGGGCAUUAUUACCACUAUUCUGAUCCCAUCUGCAAGCAUCCCACCUUCACUAUUUAUGCCCAGGGUCGCUACAGCCGUGGUGUACACUCUGCCAGGGUCAUGGGAGGCACAGAGUUUGUGUUCAAAGUGAAUCACAUGAAGGUCACCCCCAUGGAUGCAGCCACAGCCUCUCUCCUAAAUGUGUUCAAUGGGAAUGAAUGUGGAGCUGAGGGCUCAUGGCAGGUUGGAAUUCAGCAGGAUGUGACUCACACCAAUGGUUGUGUUGCCUUGGGAAUUAAACUACCUCACACCGAGUACGAGAUCUUCAAAAUGGAACAAGAUGCACGGGGUCGGUACUUGCUGUACAAUGGCCAGAGACCCAGUGAUGGAUCCAGUCCUGACCGGCCAGAAAAGAGAGCCACAUCUUACCAAAUGCCCUUAGUUCAGUGCGCAUCUUCAGCACCCAGAUCAGAAGACUUAACAGAGGAGAAUGCAAUAGGCCACUAUGGGAAUGGGGCACCUGAAAGGAAUUUCUGUACUGUACUCCUCACUCUGAUUGCAUGCUUUUGGACUGUUCCACAUUGGAAUACCUUCAGCUAGAUUUCUUUAUGCUUUAAAAUAUAUAUAUUUUUUAUUUUCCAAACUAGGAUUUCUUGGGAUUUGUGGAUUUUCUUUCCCAAAGAAAGGAUGUUUAUUCCCCUGAUGCACUCAAAUGCCUAAGAAUUGUUGUUCUUUUUCUUCUCCCCUCCUCCCUCAAGCCCUACUCCCAGCCCCGGAAUCAUGAAUAGCACUUGUUUGAAGUUUCUGCUUUGAACUUCAUCCAGUCUGUUCCCUGGCCUGAGUGACUGCACAACAGUAAUUGCACUUUAGGACUGCAGAUGGUUUGUGGGCAGUAGAUUCUUUGGGGGUUGGGAUUUUAAAAAAAUAUUAUAUUAUUUGGCUGCAUUGAACUUUAGUUGAAAAAAAGAUCCGGCUACGUUUUUCACUGCCGUUUUCCUCUUGUCACUUCCUUUCCCAUCUCUGAAACUGCCUCUCCUUCAAAAUCUAACCAUUUUCAAUAGUCCUAUGCAGUAUUGGGUUAGUGCUGGGAGGAUGGCAUCUUUUUACUUCAAGAAAAUGCUUUGGUGUAGAUAUGUAUAUAUUCAAAGACACAAGGAUUUAUCUAAAUGAUCUUUUCAAUUUUUAUACAGAAGAAGAGAGAAUUGAAAGCCUUCCUUUCAGAAGUACUGAAUGGAAAAUAUCUGUAAUUAAAAUUUCAAAGUAAUUUAAGCUAUUUUUUACACUUUUUUUUUUUUACUUUUAAAGAAUAUACUUAGUGGAGCAUAUGUGGCACUGUUCUGUGUUCAUGGUUGAGAAGAGACAAAAGGGACCCUAGAGGUCAAUUUAAUCCAACCCAUUACUGUGAUUUUGUUAUGUUAGGUUUGUUGCUUCUGUGCCCUGUGUAAAUAGGUAAUUUGCUGGAAUCAGUAUGUAGAAAGCAAUGCCAUUAUAAAUCAGAGGGUAGACAGUAAUGUAUCUGGUAUGUACAAGUCCUGCAAAGUGCCACAUGAAUGCUGAUGAUAAUAUGGUCCUUUUCCUAAUAUGCCGUUUCCCUUUCUUAAAACUUUCACCUUGGCUUGUAUGAUAUUUUGUUAUAGGUAAGCAGAAGUAUCUAGAUUUUCAAUAUCUCUCUUACCAUCAAAAUACAUUUUCAGAAGAAAUGUUUGCUGGGAAAGGGCCUGGUAUUCAGAGAAAAUAUAAAAAUCAGUAUCCUGUGGGAUUUGUAGCAUUCCUUUCAUGACAUGUAUAUCUUGGCUUUUGUAUUAAGUCUUACUAUCAUAUGGACUUAACUGGGAGUCAGGUAAUUAGACUAAUCCUCCUAAUCAGCAGUUGACUUAGUUAUGCAACAUGGAAUAAGCCAGUGUCUUCUUUCCUCAGUCUAACCUUGUGAAAAAUAGAACAUAACAUUUCUGCCCCUAAUUCUGUCCCACUGAGACACUGGAAGGGUAUAAUAUCUGUAAUGUGCUCUGGAUUAAGGGUCUGUGUAAACAUCAAGUAUUCUUAAGAAUAGAAAGUAAUGAAAAAGAACUGAAGCAAAUAGACAACUAUUGAAGAUCUAGAUUUAAGUGAAGUCUUGUAGAAGGCAAAAAAUCAGUCAGGGUUAAGACCUUAUUCUAUUUAAUAUUAAAAUUAAAUGCCAGUAAUAUUGUUUGUGAUUAAAAUUUUUAAGGAUCAUGUAGGUGUGUACUAUUAAAUAAAAAUGUUUAGAUUAUAUUUAUAAUUAUGGAGAUUACCAACAUCAUUUAUUCAGCAUAAAAAUACUAACCUGAUUUGCCAAAUUUACUACAUAGUGAAAAGAACUGGAAAAGCAUUAAUACUCCUGUAAAAAUUUCUUUUAUCUAUGGAGUCAUCUAAUAAGUGGAGUAUACAUUCUAUCAUCAUAAGCCAUAACAAAUCAUACGAAGCACAUAAUGUUUACUAUCAUAGGCUAUAUCAGCAAUUUAACCAUGAAAGUGACAGGCUAAUAGCUAUUGAAAUUAGAGACUCUAACCCAUAGGUCUGUAAAAUUGUUUCCAUAUUAAAUACUUGCAGUUUUUAGAAAAAUGUGUGUAUAUUUAUAUAAUUUAUUUUUAAAAUUGCAAGUAUGUCAAGAGAUAUAUAUGCAUAUAUCUAU